CUGGAUUAUUAGACGACAACCUGUGACGUGUACGAUAUGAUGGUGGGUUGUCCGACCUCGACCCUUUGCUCCGUGGCAACAUGUUCGCGUUACGCCAAACAAUCUGCAAUGUGCCUUUUCCAUUCGAGGUAUUUCACGACACAAGCGCCUGGAGCAAACACAACGAUCAAGUCAUCCCCUCAAUGCGCGAUGAGAAGUACUUCGUCACCUAAGGUCAAGUCCCCAGCUCAUCGAGUCUCAAGAUGCCGAUUUCUUGACGGAUGCCACUCGUACGCUCGAAACCAUGGGCUAUGCACUCGCCACGGUGGGGGGCGCAAGUGCCGUAUCGUCGGCUGCCCCACAUCGUCACAGACGAAUGGUCUUUGUCGCAUUCAUGGCGGAGGCUCUCGGUGCAAACUUGACGGCUGCGAUCGAUUUGCACGUGUCAAAGGGGCCUGCUCGGUGCACGCCAAGCUCCACACACCGCCUUGUAUUGCUUUAGUCAGUGAUAUUUAUUCGUAGCAUGAAAACAACGACACUUUAUAUGCGUU